GAAGAAUCUUCACUCACGUCACUGACCGUGUAGUGGAGGAGGCCGGAGGAAGAUGGCGGGGUCCAAGGUGAAGCAGGACAUGCCUCCUCCUGGAGGCUAUGCCGCCUUUGAUUACAAGAGAAACCUACCGAAACGAGGACUUUCGGGAUACAGUAUGUUUGGCAUUGGCAUCGGCAUCAUGGUGUUUGGAUAUUGGAGACUAUUCAGCUGGAACAGAGAAAGGAGGCGACUGCAGAUUGAGGAGCUGGAAGCACGGAUAGCUCUGUUGCCUCUGUUACAAGCAGAACAAGACCGAAGGACCUUGAGGAUGCUGAGAGAAAACCUGGAAGAGGAAGCAAUCGUCAUGAAAGAUGUGCCAGGAUGGAAGGUGGGUGAGAGCGUCUUCCACACAGAUCGCUGGACCACCCCUCUGACAGAGGAGCUCUUCCACCUCCGGCCACGCGAAGAGCUUCUACACAAGCGUUUUGGCUUCUUGUGGUACGUUUAGUCACCAGAAGGAGCGUGUCCUCGUUUCCACCACUCUCCACAGCCAAGAGCACGUGGACCUGUAUUUUCCUUCAGCUUGUAAAUGUUCAAUAAUAAAGUAUCUUUUUUCCGUACCCC